UGUGGACUAAAAUCGAACCCAAAGGAAAUUGAUUAUGGGUAACUUUCUGGGGCAACCCAAAUGGAAAGUGAUAGGUGAAGGGCUUUUACUGUGCAAAGGAGGUUUGGACGCACGAAAGAUGCAGUUUGGUUGUUUUUUGUGUUUGUGGAAUAUGGGCAACAAAAAUUAAGUUAAGGUGGAUGAUGUUGUAAGUGUAGCAACGUUUUAUGCAUUUAAUUUAGAGAACAGCAGUCACCUCAAAUCAGAGGACAAACCCACUUCUAUUCAGCCGAUUUUACAUAUCAGAGUCUGUUUACAGGUCUUGGGGAGUAUUACUGCAUAUGUGAAAAAGGUUGUAGGCUAUAAAGUAACAAGACCUGCCAGCAUACCUAGUCACUGCAUGCCUUCCUUGUUUGCUCUCAUUUGUUUGGCCUUUUGUUUGAGUUUGUCAGAUUGCGUCCCUUCUGGUUUUACCUCUAUCUUCUGUAAUGUAAUGUGAUUUUAUGUUGUCAUGUUUUAACCGUGCCGAUUGUCUGCUUAACAUUGCUUUGUAUUAAUUGCCUGCAUUUCACAUUUCCUACUUUGCAUGAUGCUGCUUUACUCCUCUAAGCUCUUCAUCCUGUUCAGCUUUUGCUUUCUGCUGUUGUAAUUUUUCAUAUCGUGGGUUUUAUUGUUAUUUUAUUGACAAUGGGUCAAAGGACAAAGGUGAAUGGCGAAGGAGUAAAAUAAUUAAAUUAAGAAAAUAAAUAUAAGGCACAUUAGAUUGUUUUAUAAAAUACACAUAUAACAUUUAAUUGUGUCCAUAUAAUCUUUAUAUAAUUUUAGAGUGUUGAUCAAAUAUGUAUGAAGCCCAUUUCCACAAACAUUUCUAUUUUAUGCUCUCAUAAUUAUAACUUACUAAGUCAAACAUUUUAACGUCUCAAGAUUUUACUUAUCUCAUACGUCAUGAUAAAUAUAACAAUGCUUAUGAUGAAUUCAUCAUAAUUUUGACUUAUAUUGUGACUUGGUAACUAAAAAAAAUGUAUUUACUAUCAUAAAUUCAACUCUGUAUCUCCCAAUUUUGAAUUAGUAACUCAAAGUUGAACCUACUAUUUCAGUUUUUUCUACAUAUUUUAACAUUGCAGAUAAACUUUUAAUUCGAUAAUUUUAACAUAUAAUGAGUAUUAAAUUUAUUUUUAUCACAUAUAACUUUAACUUUACUGUCCCCAAGGGGAAAUUUGUCUUGCAGCCAGGUAAAACAUUGAAGACACAGAGACUUAGGCAGACGGACUGAGGUACAUAAAACACGAUUAAAUACAUAAAACAUGAACACAUCAAGUAACUUUUCAUGUAUUUUUUUUGGCUGAUAUGGGCUUCCAUACUUGGUGUUACUUUAUGGUUGGGCCUUACAGAGAUGUGUAUUUGGGGUUAGGAAAUCUGACAGGUCACAGAAUGCAUAAACACUGGUGCUAACACUUUCAUGAGUCUAGCAUUAGUCCCUAUCCUGUAUAUUUGAAUUUUCCUCCUAUUUAAGUGUAUGGAUAGGUGUGUGUGUGUGUUUCUGUAUUAUCAACCCAUUCCUGAUUGAUCUCAAUUUCUGCAGAAGAAGAAUUAUUCUAAAGAUGAACCUGCUGAUGUGGUUUGUUAGUGUGCAGUGGGGAGUUUUUAACCCUGUCUUUAUGCAUGACAAAACUGUGCUGUGCAGGUAUGAGAUGCUUUUGUCAGAGAUGUGGACCUUUAACCACAUCGGACUGACCUAUCUUUGUUUUUGUUGUUCUAAGAAAAGUCAUUUCGUAACCACAGCUUCCUCUGCAACAGAUGAACGUAUCUCACAGGCUGCUCGCCUCUAUGGGCAAGUCUACAAUCAUCCUGCAACAAAACAACUUCAAGCACGGCCUUCUCAUCAGUGCGGUAGCCGACCAUGCUGGCAGCCUUAACUCUGGCCUCCCUGAGCCUCUUGGCGUGGGCGACUAAUCUCUGCCCCCCAGCCUGCCAAUGUCUCCACAACCUGACCACUACUGUAUGUCCAGAGAAAAGACUGGACCAGAUACCUGAGCUGCCAGAGGGCACAGAGCAGCUGUACAUCUCAUACAACGAGAUACAGGAAAUACCCCACCGUGGGCUGGAGAAGCUGCAGGUUCUGGACCUGACUAAGAAUCAGCUGAAUGUCUUCCUAUCCCACAACCCAGUUUGGCCCAAUAUGACAAAACUGACGAAACUCUUUCUACGAGACAAUGGCUUGACGCUUCUACACCCUGGUCAGUUCCUAAACUGCCCUGCUCUCACCUUACUGGAUUUGAGUGAGAACCAGAUUAAAUAUCUAUCAAUCGGAUUCCUCCAUGGAUUAGCUAAUCUGAAGACGCUGAAUGUGAACUUUAACCAGAUUCGAAUGUUACAGGUUGGUGGACUGGACGGAGCCUUCGCCCUCACUGACUUCUACCUUAACCAUAAUAAUAUAACAAAGAUAGAGGAUGGUGUAUUCAAGAACUUAACUGUGUUGGAGAAACUUGUUCUGUCCAGAAACAGAAUCACAAGUGUGGGCAAGGCCAGCUUCAGAGGAGCGACAGCUCUCCAACACCUUGACCUGAGUGGCAACAUGCUGGUCACUGUUCCAGCUGAGGCAUUGAGGGAUGUAAUCAGACUCGAGCAUCUGUAUCUACAGAAGAACCGCCUCAUCAGCCUUCCAGAGGAUUGCUUCUCCUCUCUGAGCCUAUUGGUUCAUCUAGACUUGAGCAACAACAAGCUGACCACUCUGUCUGAGGGAUCCCUGAGAGGUCUGACCAUGCUGAGUGAGCUGGACCUCACUCGCAACCUAAUAGAUUCUCUUCCCUCAAAAGUCUUCAGUGACCUGAUCAGCCUUAAGUUACUUGAUUUGUACAGGAACAGACUGACAUCUCUUCCUCUGGACAUAUUCAGUAACUUGAACAACCUGCAAGAGCUGCAGCUGGACAGCAAUCAGGUCUCUGCCAUACCAGUUGGGGUAUUUUCUUCACUGUCCAAACUUAAAGAGCUACAGCUGUCGAACAACAGCAUCCUGGAGCUCCACCCUGCUCUGUUCAACAAGCUAAAGUCACUACAGAGCCUGCACUUGGAGCACAACGCUCUGAGGCACCUUCCCAAAGGCGUUUUCCACAAGAUGAGGGACCUCAAGGAGAUACACCUCAAUGACAACCGCAUCAGGUCUCUACAUCCCUCAGUCUUCCAUGGUUUGGUGAAAAUACAUUCGCUGAGUCUCUCUCGCAACCGUAUCUCAGAGCUGUCUCCUGAUUACUUUGUAGGGUUGACCCGCCUUAAAGAGCUCAAGUUGAGCUUCAAUCAGCUGCGCAAUAUCCCGUUCAACACCUUCUAUCACCUCCACAACCUCCGCAGGCUUCAGCUAAAGAACAACAGCCUGGAUAGUUUACACCCUCAGCUCUUUGCUCGACUUUCAAAGCUAACAGAACUCAACUUGGAUGGAAACAAACUGGAUCACCUGCAGCCUGAUGUGUUUCAGGGACUUACAAACCUCCAGAAAUUGAGUUUGAAGUCCAACCAGCUCAGAGCAGUGGAGAAUGGGACUUUGGAGCCUUUAAGAAACCUUAGCGCUGUCUAUCUGUCAAGUAAUUUGUGGGACUGCACCUGUGCACAUAUUCUCUACAUCAGCAGCUGGGUCAACAUGCACAGAGACAAGCUCAGAGACAAGCCCAUCUGCUUCUUCUCUUUGUCAAACUCCAUUUCUCCGCCCUCUUCUUCCUCGCCCUUUACUGGAGAUACGCCUCUCUCGCAGGCAGCUCUGUCUCCUUUGAUGUUACAAGAUCAUUGCAUUACAAGUGCUGCAAGUGGCUCAUCACCUUAUUUUCCUCUAGAAAUGCUGAGUCUGCUCACGAUUUCUCUCGUAGCUGUCAGCCCACUGUGACAUCCUUUGUAGUGGUUUUGUCCUCUCUAAUCUUUUUUUCCCCUGCCUUUGCUUUUCAUGUCUGCACUUGGUUUUCAAGUAUUUGCACCCCAAUCUCAGUAUACUGUAAGUUUGAAUAUCUAUAGAUGCAUAAAAAAAAUGUGUAAAUCAGAUUAAUUCGGGGAAAAUUUGCACUGAAAUACUGUAAGUGCAAGACAGUACUGUGAGUAUUAAGAAGAUCCUUGCAAAACUGGAAAAUAACCCAAACUGUUAAUGAUUUCAUUGACAAUAAAAUCUGGGGCUGAGGGAUUUAAUGUGGAUAUGAGCAUAAAUGCUUUGGUAGUACGAAUAAGUGGUUCAACUUAAAUUUUGAAGUAAAGCGUCACCAUAAAACAUGGACUCUAUUCUAGUGAUUUGCACCAGCUCCUGGUUUUGUAUCUUGAUGAUAUUAAGAGUUAAUUGUCUUACUU